AAUUAAUAUAAUUGUGUUAACUAAUAUGGCUGAAAUUUUUGCCAGAUUCAUAAAAGCAUAUUAAACCAGGCCUAACAAACACGUUACUAAAACGUCUACAGAAAAAAUAUAUUACAAAAUAAAAUAAGAAUAGAGGAAAGCACUGCAAAAAAAAAAUGAAGAAAUGCCAUCUAUUAAUUAUAACAGCAAGUAUCUACAUGACAAGCAUAUCGUUCCUGAUUAUAUUUAACAAGAAUAUGCUAGAUUACAACGUGGUCUACAGAACGUAUAUCGCACCCAACGUCCGCCACAGAAAUAACAUGAGAGUGGGCCCCAUCAACUCAAUAUUGGAGUCACCCUCGCACCCUGGUCGCGAGAGAGCACCACAGAAAACGGAACCUUGGGAGACGUCGGCAGGGCAGCAUACCUGGAUUCCCCAUCUCUGUCCUCGAUACGACGAGGAAGCAUUUCCGGGUUACCAAAGGCUCACCUGGGCACCACCUACUGAGGAUAGCAUCUACUUUCUUCAAGUAACCUGCAGGAGUUGGCUCGUUGGUAGAGAGGCCUGUGCUGUAGAGAGUGCUGCCCGACACCACCCACAUCGCCCAUUGUUCAUUCUCAUGGCCCUUCCCACUCUCAACCACACCCACCCACUCAUUCAAGUAGUGUCUAGCCUGAGGAACGUGAAGAUGGCGUGGCUGGACCUCGACCAGAUCUUCAGCGAGGAGCCUAUGGGCGCAUGGCACCGCGACAGACUUUGGAUGCUCAGUCGACAUAUGGCUGUCAUGGUGAGUGACGGCGCCCGGGCUGAGCUCCUGAGACGGUACGGAGGGACUUACAUAGAUCUUGAUGCCAUUACCCUCCGUCCGCUGCCCAGCUCCACCAACUGGAUGGCCAGACUCGCUGAAGACGUCAUCACGACAGGAAUCCUCAGCUUCGAGGCUCGUCAUUCACUCUGGCAGGCGUUUGUGAAUGAUAUUCCUGAAGUGUUUGAACCAAGCGGUUACUUGAGCAUCGGGGCGAUGCUCCUGACCCACCACGUACAACGUCUCUGUCCCGCCGCCCUCAGCACCUCCGUCAGCCACGACCAGCAAGAGUCCUGCGGCAAUAUCACCAUCUGGCCCAGGCGACUCUUCUACCCGACUCCCAAUCAAGCCCCGUGGGAAGUUAUCUUCAAGGAUGGUGAAGGACUCGGACCAGAUUUCUUCAAGAGCACCGAUGCUUACUCACUUCACCUGUUCAACCAUCUCUCCGGCAAGUUUCACCCGAAUCUGUCUGGGGACUCCAUCGUCAGAGAGGCCGCCAGAAGGAACUGUCCCCAGGUGGUGAAAGUUCUUGAGGAGCAGAGGACUUUCCUGUAGCAGAGAGAGUUUACAAAAAAUCAGUCUGUCUCGUCCUAAUGUAUAUAUGUACGACAGUAUAUAAUUGUGCAAUUUUUGGGGGAACCUUACACUGAAAUCCCCCCUUCCAUAAAUUUUACAACCCAGCCUCACUGUGCUAUAUUUUUAUGUUCAUAGAGCGAAUACCGGAGUAAAAGCCUUUAGAUUUUUUAACAGACUAAGAGCUCUUGUUUCUACACAUGUAAAACAGUAAACAACUUGUCCACCCACGCACGAUCCACCAUUCGAUCUACAACCCCAAUUGCCUUAGGGUGCGCAAUAGAGAACAGUAAGGUGACCAAUCAUCUCGCUGCCGAAGAAUCGAACCCGGGUCUUAUUGCUUGCGGAGCGAGUGAGACUGGACGCUAACUACUAGUUUACAUUCACAGUCAGCAACUACGACAUCUCAGUUCAGUAUAAAAAUGUAAAUAUUGAGUUCAAUUUUGUGCUAAAAUCAUUGUGAGAUAGUUUUAAUAUCAGCAGUAUUAAGUACAAUUUUGUAUAUCUGCAAAUAAGCCCAUUUUUGUGCAGAAUAUGUACGAAUAUCUUAUCCAGGUACCACUAUACACAACAUCUCAUCCAAGUACCACUUUGCACUACAUCCCAUCCAUGUGCUAGUAUAACGACAUCUUACUCGGUUUGGACUAUACAAUAGACAGCCUCACACACACUGGAUCACCAUAUUCUAGGAUUCAAUUUGUUAAUUAAAUAAAUAAUGAAAUUUGUAAUGUGUCACGUCAAGUUAUAUAGAUGCGUGAGAAUGGUAUGAGUGAAUUCUUAGAUUUUUUCACUGUAACAAGUAACAUUUAUGUAAAUGUAAUUGUAAUUAAUUAAUUACCUAA